AUGGAUUUCGAUUCGAUACUGGAACUGUGCGAUGGUUUCGGUGCCUAUCAGAAGAUCAUCAUCGGUGUGCUGCUGUUUCCUGCCACAUUUCCUUGCGCUUUCCACGCCUACAGUCAACUAUUUCUGGCCGCAAAACCGAACCACUGGUGCCGGAUACCCGAGUUCGAUGGAAUUCCUGACCAUCUGACGGAAUUGGCUAGAAAUAUAAGCAUACCAUUCCACCGUGCGACGAUCGAGGGAGCUAGGGAACACUCGAAGUGCCUUAUGUACGCCCGGAACUAUACCGCCAUAGCCCACCAUUUGCUGACGACAAACGGCAGUCUGCAGCAGGGUGGAUCGUGGGAUACUAGUGGCGGCCAGGGAUCGAUUGCAUGCCAAAAUGGCUGGAACUAUGAUCGUUCCAUCUUCAAAUCGACGGUUGUGAUGGAGUGGAAUCUGGUCUGUGACCGUGAUUUCGAUACCACGAUGGCCCUGAUGGUGUUUGGUGUGGCAGGAUUGGUGGGCAACCUAGGGUUCGGCUAUAUGCAGGACUUUUGGGGCCGCAAGCUGUCCUUCUACGUCUGUUUGGUAGUGCAAGUAACGGCCGGCGCCCUCGGUUCCAUCGUGUGGAGUUUCCCAUCGUGGUUGGCAUCCCGCAUUAUCGUUGGAUUGACGGUUCCGGCGAUCCUUUCGAGUCCGUACAUGAUUGCGAUUGAGCUGGUCGAACCGAAGCGGCGUAACUUCUGCACAAUCAUUUCGAACAUUGCCUACUCCGUCGGACUGGUGCUACUGUCGGUGAUUGUGUACUUCGAGCGAGAAUGGCGUUCCCUCUCCAUUGCUGUGUCUUUGCCCCUGCUUGUGCUAUUCUGUUUCUAUUUUCUCAUUCCGGAAUCACCCCGCUGGCUAGCGGCACGUGGCCAGUACCAGAAGGCACAGCAAAUCCUCACGAAAAUGGCCCGAGUGAAUGGAAAGACCAUCGAUCAACAGGUACUCCACGAGCGGUUAAAAGCACUCUCAGCGGAAGAUACCGCAAGCACCUCUGCAACAGGGCCUGCGGUGGUAACCGAUACCGUAGGGCUGCGCCAUCUCUUUGCCAAACCACAGAUGCGCCGCAAAACGACGUUCGUGGCGUUCAUUUGGCUAACGAAUACGAGCGUCUACGUGGGAUUAAGCUACUAUGCGCCGGCACUCGGUGGAGACGAGAUUUUUAACUUCUUUCUUGCAGGACUGGUCGAGCUGCCGACGUAUAUCGUCCUGUGGCCGAGCCUCAAUCUGUUCGGCCGGCGUGGUGUGCUCUUCACGACCAUGGUCAUCGGUGGGCUGGCCUGUGCAUUGACCAUCAUUCCGCAAGGACGUACUACGACGUUGCUACUGUACUGCAUUGGCAAAAUGGGUGUCUCGUCGGCGUUUGUCGUCGUUCCGCUGACGGCUUCCGAGAUCUAUCCAACGGUGGUGCGUGGAUUAGGUAUGAGCUUCUGCUCCGUGGUCGGAAUGCUCGGACCGAUCGUCAUUCCUCUUAUGAACUAUACGGGAAAGGAAAACGUGGCCAUACCGCUGGUAAUAAUGGGGCUCGCGUUAACGGCCGGUGGCAUCGCUAGCCUGUUUCUGCCGGAAACGAAAAACAUGCCACUACCGCAGACGCUCGCUGAUGGAGAGAAGAUCACGCUAACCAAUCCGUUCUAUCGCGGGAAGCAACAGUCCGUUGGCUAGUCCGUCGAAGUUGGGGCCCCGUGCGACCUUUUAUCAAUUGAAUGUAAUGAGGCAAAAAAAAACACGAAGUUUGGUUUGAGUUUAAUAUGCUUUUUUUUAUUUGCUUUCAUCACCGCGUUCGUACAUUCUUUUUUUACACUCUUUCGCUUUCUAAUUUACUAAGAUAAAGGGAUCAAAGGGAAAGAUCAUAUUGCCAUUUGGGAAGGCUUACAACACUGGAAAGCUU